AUGGCUUACCCUCCAAAUCUCUUCGGAAGACACGGAGGUGGCUUCGAUCCCGGCAGUGGCACCUUUGUACAAGUACCGUCGUAUCAGCAAUCUUAUCCGACGCAAUCGCAUCACUGCGGUGGAGGUGGUUACGACCCAAACAACGCUGCUCUGAAGCCUGCAGCUGUUGUGCAACACCAACCAGUCCCACAUCCUCAGCCCACGCUCGCGCCUCAAAUGAUCGGCAACGACGCUCAGGCAUCCGUCCGCGAGGUUGCACCAUAUGGACAUCCCCCUGCCCCCCAAGACGACCAUGAAGCCAACCAGAGGCGUCUAGGACAGUCAGUGAUAGAGCGCAACGGAUUGAUCGCACCCAAGGGAUACGCACACAUCUUCUCCCCGUGGACUACGAUGAAGUGGGAGCGCCCCAACUUCUACCGCAAGCCCGGUCUUGCGUACCAGAAGCUUGGUCAGCACCGACAUCGAGACAUCUUUGACCGCGAAUGGACUGGUGACUACGACGACCGCUACAUCUCAUCUUGGGACGGAAAGGUCUCCAAGCUCGUCGUACAAGCUGUCGACGAUAUCUACGAGAAUAAUACAGGAUCUACCUACAGGCGAACCUUCGUCCGCAACGUCGCGCCUGUCUACAUGCGAUUGGCGAACUGGCCGUUCAACCACAUCGACUUCUCGCGCCAUGGCGGCAAUAUCCCUAACGAAGACCUUCCUAUGCUUUGUCUCAAGUGGUUCGUCGCAUCCUGCUUCAUCACGAUCUUUAUCUCCAGUCCGAGCCCUGCUGAGAUCGCUUCUCGCAACGGAGGCAGUUAUGACGGCUUGCCAUACCAGUACUUUGGGUAUCCCAAGGUUGCCAAGAACGCGAUUGAGAUGCACAGGCCUCAAGGCCACGCUUCGAGUCAAGCUAACCCGAUUGCCGAACGUGUGUUGCGUCCUCGGUAUCUCUGCUUCUUGCGAGAGCCAGGAAGGCCGGCCAUCAUCACAAAGGUCGACGAUUGGCUGGCCCAACACGAUGCUCAUGAUCUCACGUACGUCUUCAUCGCGUAUACAGCUGAGCAGUUCAACACCCCUGAAGACUUCGGAGUUCUACAUCAAAUGGCUGACGUCGCGGCGCGCAAUGCCGGCGUUAUUGCGUAUUGGGUGGGGUGCUCUUGCAUGCCCGACAACCAGCUCGAGGAGGAUGUCUACCGAAUAUGCGACGUUAUCCGAGGCGCGCAAUCUCUUGCAAUCGCCGUGUGCCCUCCAGCGAACAACCGUUAUGAGAUCAACACACCUGAUCUCAUGCUUCAGCAAUGGGGCUACCGCGUAUGGACCUUUCCUGAAGUCCUCUUGGCGCCCGCUGGUAAAGACAUCUGCGUUUACGUGCGCGACAGCGAUCUGUCGCAGCCACUGCAAGUGCCAAAGAACCAGUUCGCUGCCCGCGUCUGGCAGAAUGAUGCGCACAUCGCGCGACAGCUCAUCGACCAUUACGAGGGGAACUUGAUCCUCAGCCAGCUCGAGCUGGUCACGCUUGCUCUGGAAUGCUUGCAUAACCGCGACACCACUGAGCAUCUUCCCGGAGAUCACAGCUACGCAUUGAUGGGUUUGCUCCGUGUCAGGCCACAAAUUGAUCGCACGGACUCUGCUUUCCAAGCGUUCGCUCGACUCUCUCUUGCGAACGGCAGCGAUCAGCUUCUCGAGCGCCUGAUCUGCAUGUUGCCCAAACAUCCAGACCAGCCUUGGCAUUCCAUGGACGACGCGUAUAACGCCAAGCUCUGGGACAUACUGCCACAAGAUGUCGGCAUCGCCGGCGUUGGAGAAGACGACAGCAUCAUUCUUGAUGGUUGUCGGGCUGCGAACGUUCGGUGGAAGUCUUUUACACCUGUCGCUCACACUCGGCGCGACUCCUGGAAGCGCUUCCUCGCGAAGGGAAUGCUUCGCCUCAGCGGUAUCAUCUUCAUCGCUGCAUGCGUACUCGUCGCUAUUCCCGGAAUCACAAACACUAUCGGCAUCGUCCUGCUACUAUACUCCUUGGUGGUCAUGGGCUUAUCACCAUGGCUGUUACGCCUUCUCUUCCUUGGCAAGUUCUGGGAGCAGCAAUGCUGGUUCUUUGGCUUCGAAGGCUACAUGGACCUGGACACGAUCGAGAGCCAGAUCUUUGGUGGCAGGCUUGGGCGCAUGAAGUGGACCGCAGCAGCUAGUCCCUUGUCGAGACAUCAUCGCAAUAUUCACGGCGAGUGCGUUCCCGUCGAUCCGACUUCCGACCCUGCUGUCGCAGCUCUCGUACAACGAGCGAAGACUGCUGGACCAGGCGAACAACGCAUCUUUACUCUUGUCGACACCGGUAACAUGACUGCAACGCUCUUCCUCGCCGAGCGUCCACCCGUGUGCUUCCUCAUGGCUGGCUCUGAAGGCGGUAUGAAGCGCAUCAUCGGCUGUUCUUACGACUGGACCACCGCGACGAUGUACAGAGAAACUGUGUUGCGGCUCGGGACGCAAUUCGAGGACAAGAUGCAGCGUGUCGGUCGCGUGAAGAUCGGCUUCAAGCGUAAGCAGCAUCCUUUCGGACCGUUUGAUCAAGUUGGCGAGGCGGUAGGGAAGGAGAUGCAGUGA